UCUUGACAUAGAAAAAAUGGACCGUACUGUUACAGAGGUUGAUGGAGGUUUCAUCGAGGGAGAAAUUCUCAUCAACAAGCUCAACGAUGAACCUUACUAUAGCUUCAAAGGUGUCCCAUAUGCCCGCCCACCCACUGGAUCGCUGCGUUUUAUGCCUCCAAAAAGCGUCGAGAAGUGGGACGGAGUUCGUCAGUGCAAAAAACAUGGCAAUGCGUGUUGUCAGAAAAUGCUGUUCACCGGACCCUUGCUUCCCAUUAUUUCAGGAGCCGAAGACUGCCUUUACUUAAAUAUUUACUCUCCAGUGGGUAAUUCUUGCGAAUCAUUAAGGCCAGUGAUGGUAUUUAUUCACGGUGGCGGUUUUCAGUCCGGAAGUUCAAACUCAAAUUUGUAUGGACCGGAUUUUUUAAUUGCAAAGGAUGUUGUUUUAGUUACAAUUAAUUAUCGGUUAAAUAUUUUUGGGUUUUUAAAUUUAGGAAUCAAGGAGUGUCCGGGAAAUGUUGGUUUGCUGGACCAAAGAGCAGCUUUAAUUUGGGUAAAAAAGCAUAUCAAGAAGUUCUCUGGGGAUCCUGACAAUAUUACAAUCUGCGGAGAAAGUGCUGGAUCUGCUUCCGUCAGCUAUCAUUUACUCUCUCCACUCUCCAAAGGUCUUUUUCACAAAGCGAUCAAAGCAAGUGCCUGCGUUCUUGAUCCGUGGGCUUACAUGGACCCUGAGGUAUCGAUUAGACGAGCUUUCCGUGUCGGAGAAAAACUUGGAUGUGUCACCCAUGAUGUAAAAGCACUUCAUGAAUUUUUAAUGGCAGUGCCUGCCAAAAAACUUGUCAGAGCUGUCCUAUCCAUCAUGACCACUGAAGACCUUCACACUGGGUUAGCCUUUUCGUUUGUCCCUUCAAAAGAAAUAUGUGGAUCUUACAAGGGUCGAUUUUUACCUUCAGAACCUAGGGCUCUUCUAACACAAGCUCCCGCUGUGCCCGUUGUACUUGGUUUGAACAGCUCGGAGGGAUUUAUCAUUUACUUGGAAAAUCAUAAGAUGUUGAAUAAAGUUAAAAAAGAUCCAGUACGGGCUAUGGACACUAUGUUUCCCGACGAUCUGAAGAGCAUAUCGAACGACCGAUCGAAAGUGGCGGUCGCCAAAAAUAAAGUGCGGCAGUUUUACCUGGAGGCCCAAAAAAAUAUUCCCGUUCAAAAAUUUGCAGACUUUUUCGGUGAUAUUAACUUUUUGCGCGGAAAUUAUCAAUGGUUGAACUCUUGCUUAAGUUAUUCAGACUCAAAACCAAUAUAUUUGUACCUGUUUGAUUUUGAUACCGCUAUAAGUAUAAUUAAACUCAUGCCAGGAUUGCGGAUGCCUGAUUAUAUUACAGGUCCAUGCCAUGGUGAUGAUCUCCUUUUCCUAUUCAGCAAGCGAAUUUUGGACUAUUGUAUAUUGAGAUCAGAUGCUUGUAAGCAGGUUGUGGAAAAUCUGACCACAGUUUGGACAAAUUUUGCCAAGUUUGGGUAAUAUCUUUUCUAGAAC